AUGGCUUUCGGAGUUUCAGUAUUAGCCUUUCUCUUAUUCAAUGCAAUGGCAGCAUUAACAGAAGAGGUGGCCUUGAACGGAACACCUGGAAUCACAACCCAGGCAAGUGACUGGACAGUUAACAAAACAAAAGCUGACUCCCUAGAAGGACCUAUAGCCUUGAAGCUCUCUCAUUCUUGCCUGGAAGACCACAACAGUUACUGCAUCAAUGGUGCAUGUGCCUUCCAUCAUGAGUUGAAGGAAGCCAUCUGCAGGUGUUUUACUGGUUAUACUGGAGAAAGGUGUGAGCAUUUGACGUUAACUUCCUAUGCUGUGGAUUCUUAUGAAAAAUACAUUGCAAUUGGGAUUGGCGUUGGAUUAUUAUUAAGUGGUUUUCUUGCUAUUUUUUACUGCUACAUAAGAAAGAGGUGUCCAAAAUUGAAAUCCCCCUAUGACGUCUCUUCCAGAGGAAGACCACUGUGA